AUGGUGCGAUUGAGGUUGUUGGAGGGCCAGUCAGUGUGGUUUCGCGGGUCGGGAGGGGUUAACACACGACCAUCCCCGGCGCUUGAAGACCUGUACCAGGGUCGGCGCAACCUGGACCAACUCUUUAUAGCCCCAGCUUUAGCUCCUGCUCCUGCUCUGCUCGCUCCUGCUGCUCCAUGUCGUGGUGCCCUGGGUGGUGCCCUCGGUGUCGGUGCCCUCGGUCUCGGCACAUUCGGCUUUGCUGCCUUCGGUUCUGCUUAUGGUGGCACACUUGCACCUGCUGGGGCUUAUGCAAGCGCGACUGAAGGCAACGUGGCGGUCCUUGGUGAGCUGCCAGUCUCCGGUACUACUGCUAUCGGCGGUCAGGUCCCCAUCAUGGGAGCUGUGAGCUUCGGCGGCGCCGUGCCGGCUGCUGGAGCCGUGUCUAUCUCCGGAAAGUGCUUGUGUGUUUGUGAACCUGUCGUCUACUGCUGAGAUCCCACUAAAUUUACAUAAAUAAACAAUGUUAUAGCAAAGCUCA